AUGCCUCGACCGUCGCGUGAUUCCUACGGCGAUCAGAAGCCACCCUACUCGUACAUCUCGCUAACGGCGAUGGCGAUCUGGUCGUCUCCAGAUAAGAUGCUUUCACUGAACGAUAUCUACCAGUUCAUCACGGACCGAUUCCCGUACUAUCGUACCAACACGCAGCGCUGGCAGAACUCGUUGCGACACAAUCUCAGCUUCAACGAUUGCUUCAUUAAGGUGCCGAGGCGUCCAGAUCGACCCGGCAAGGGUGCCUACUGGACACUGCACCCGAAGGCAUUCGACAUGUUCCAGAACGGAAGCUUGCUCCGUCGGCGGAAGCGCUUCAAGUUGCACCAAACGGACAAGGAGUGCCUGAACGAGGAGUUUAUCGCUUUGGCCAACAUGAAUCGCUUCUUCAUGGCGCAGAGUGGAGCACCUACGUAUCACGAUGCUCCGGCGUACUAUCCGCCCUUGAGUGAGCCCAUCGGAGCCAGCAUUUCUCCGGGCAUGGUGUACGCACCCAUCUCUCCACCAUUGUCACCUCCCGAAGAACCCAUCGUCGUUGUCUCCAGCAGCACGCAGCAUGUUGGAUCGACCACUGGUUCUGAAUCACCUUCUAGCCAGUCCUCGAGUGUUGCUCCGGUUCCACCGACGCUGACGACAACCACCACCGCUCCAAGUAAUCCCAAACCAAAGCGAUCCUUCACGAUCGAGAGCCUCAUCGAACCCGACAGCUCCUCCGACUCGGAAGAAGGCUCCGAUCGGUCUCAGCAGUAUCACCUCCAGCAGCAGCAACAACAACAGCAGCAACAGCUAGACCACAUUCGGCAGCUGAGUCAGCAACAGUUGAUGAGCAACAUAAGCGCGUUUAACGAAUACGCCGCGGCUGUGCAACAUCAACAACACCAGCAAGCCGUUGCAGCGGCGGCAGCAGCAGCAGCCGCUCUGGGAAGUUCCUACACCGGUGUUCCGCUACAUCCGCUUCUGCUUCCUUUGGGGAAAAUGCAGGCACCUUCUGCUGCUGCUUACUUCCUGCAUUCCGGUGCCUCGUAUCACCACCCACAUCAUCACCUGCCCCACCACCAUCAUCAUCACCAUCCACAUCUGCUGCCAGGAGGACAUCUGACAACCAGUGCAGCCUCUGGUGCGUCCUCUGCGCCACAUCAUCUGCACCCGCACCAUGAGCUGGUUCACCAGGCGUUGAGGCCUGAGCCACCUUCGUUGGCCAUCGCUUGAGAUUUAUGCAGGACCGCGGAUGGACCUGCGGGCCCAACAUAUCGAUGAUCUCGUCGUCUCAAGUACGCAACUCAGGCUCUCACAGUUCUCCUCGAUGCCGGCAAUAGCAAUCCGAAGAAGGUGCUCCCGUGCGACCGCACCGGGUCUUCGACUGAAUGUGAUGUAUUUUUGUUUAUGUUAGGUUUUACGUUUUGACUCGAUUGAUAGUGCAUGAUAGUUUU